CCUCCUCUUCCCAUGACAUACUCUCUGCGGAGUCCCAUUCCUUCCCAUUUGGCCCACUAUUCCCUCAAAAAUUGCGGGAAAACCAUUCAAGGUGUCAUGCAACCGCGGAAUCCGAUGAAAAUUAAAUACACUUGAUAGACAUUACGCGAUCCCACUGGAUCCCACCAAAACCAUUUUCCAAAUUCUUCCCCAUGGCCAGUAUCUCUCCUGGAAUCGGAAACGGGAAGCCGAACUUGAAGCAAACAUGGAAGAUAUCGGGUGUCUGCGGAAGUGGUAUUGAAACAUAAAAUCUUUGAUCGACGACAGACGGGUUCCUGUUGAUCGGAGGCAGUCUGAGUUGGAUGGACGAGAUAGUCGUAUUUGAGAAGUACGGGAAUGAAGGAAUGAGGCAUUAUGUGCAGCCAGUGGUAAGUGAUAUGACUUUAUCAUUACAAUUCGCCCAGAUGUUUUGUCCCAGAAUCAAGGACGUUCAACCCCAUACCCGCCUCCCCUCAACCCCGCCCUCCACCUACGUUUAGUGACCUAAGGCGCAUACAUAGAACAGCCCUUCACUGCGUCGUUGCGUCGGAGGAUCUAUGUGGGAUAAGUACGAGAAGGAAUCAUCGACAUCGACCCGAACUUGAUGUACCAAGGAACCACUCGCUCCCUGCAGAUCCCAUGGAAAAUGGAUUGUAAAAGUUGCAAGCAACCCCCUAAUCGACUCGCUCUGUCCAACUCCCCUUCCCCAACCCUCCGCUAUGAUUAUUCUGUACCAAACCCAACUGUCGUCAAAGACACGCACGUAUGACGCGCACAUAUACCAACCAGUACGUGGAGAAUAAAUCGUUGCGAUUCCUAACACUGUGCAUCCAGGGUAAAUGAAUCCCAAGCCAACGAUUUGUAUACCACGCGUACGUUUCAAGUUUGUAUUUGACUCAGUAGUUAAGUCCUUGUGUCAACCUUGAAGCAAGGAUGAGCACACGCGUCACCUCACGUUCUAAGUUUAUAUGGCGAGGCACCGAGUCAUGGGCUCAGUUUAGCCAGCGCUGGUCCUGUCUUCGCCAACUCGCCGAUCUCAUAUCCGCCUCCGUCGAUACUAUCGACUCCCAUUUCUCAAGAAAUGAUCUCAAUUUUCCCUCACUCAAUGACCCGUUCAACCCAGCGUCUCCCGCCGAGGCUCUCUUGCGAAAUCCAGAUCUUGUCAAGCACAUUAUGACUGCUGUAUCUGCUUGCUCCCAACUGAUUGCCACAAUCAACAUGCCCAUGUCAUCAUUGGCUGACGCUGCAUUUUCGUUCCACAUUCCUGCAGCCCUUAGAACCGCCGUUGCAGUCAACGUUGUCGAGGUGUUGCGCGACCAUCCGGAAGGUCUCCACGUCAAGGAUAUCGCUGAAAAGGGUGGGAGGGGCAUUGAUCCUGCUAAACUAGCAAGAAUCCUACGCGCUCUGGCGACAAACUACGUCUUUACCGAAACAGCUCCGGAGACGUUCAAGAACAACAGGCUUUCCUCGUUCCUAGACACCCGCAAGUCGGUGGCUGCGAUCCUUGCCAAGCCGGAAGAAAAGCUCUCUGGGUUUGCUCCAAUAGUGGACCAGGUCAACGAUGAAUUAUUCAAGGGCGCUGCCUACCUCACGGAAACUCUUUUGGACCCCCAGAUUGGACACUCGGAUGCCCAGGAACACACGUCGAUUGCGCGCGCAUUCGGUCUCCAAAACAAAUCACUUUGGGAAUGGUACGAAGAACCCGGGAACGAAUUUAGAUUGAAACGAUUUGCCGCCGGCGCUGGAGGAGUUGCGAGGGCGAAUACGGAUGUGAUACUGUCCGGCUUCGAAUGGGCUUCCCUUCCUCCUGACUCUGUAAUCGUUGACGUCGGAGGCGGACAAGGACACAACAUGUUAACGAUUCGUGAGAAAUUCCCUGAUUCGAAACUCAAGUUCGUCGUACAGGACCGUGGAGGGGUCAUGGAGGAGGCGAAGAAGUUUUGGAAGUCGAGUGCGCCGGAUGCGAUUGAGAACGAGGAUGUUGUUUUUGAGGGUCAUAAUUUCUUCGAACCCCAACCUCUUCAACCCAGUCAUGGUCCUCCGUCCGUUUUCUUCUUGAGCAUGAUCCUACAUGACUAUGGACGUCCCCUUGCGGGUAAGAUACUGAGACAUCUUCGGGACGCCGCGGUAACUGGGGAGACGAAGCUGGUCAUUGUCGAUCAGGUCGUCCCAUACGCCUGUCCUCCUACCGCCAUUCCACCCUACGAAAUACCCAUCCAAGGUGCGGAGAAAGUCCAACCGCAAGGGGUCCCAUCACCCCUCCUUCCAAAUCUGGGGAAAGCGAAUUUGUUUACCUAUCUCGGAGACCUAUGCAUGCUCGUUGCUUUGAAUGGUGAAGCUCGGACUUUACCGGCCUACAUUGAGCUUUUGGAAGCAUCGGGGUGGAGAAUCGAGGAGGUUUUCGCAGGCGGGGUUGGGGGGUUGCAUAGUCAGAUUGUUGCGAGAACGAUCUGAGGUGGUUGCAGGUCUUCGAGCGUGGUCACUGGUGCUCGAUUUAUAAUGAAAAGUUGAGAUGAGUAAUAAUUCCCCAAUACCGAAGAGUUUGUAGUGGGCUGUCCCAAUUUGCGACUAGUAACGAACCAAUCGAACAGGCCCCCUGAUAAUCCUGGUAGAGUCCUCAUACAAAACCACCGAAUUUUGCAAAAAUUUUGGCCAUCUUUCAUGCCAAAACACUGAAAUGUUGACCGAAAUUGGCCUACUGUAUGUGAAUCACCACCCAGAUCACUGAAAAACGGCUCCCCACCGGGAGGUAUCAUGCCAAAUCACC